GCCAGCGAGAGCCGCCGGCGCUAGAGCGGCCAUGCGCUCGGUGAGCUACGUCCGCCGGGUGGCUCUCGACUUCGGCGGCAGCCUCUUCCCGCGCGCCGUCUCCCUGGGCGACGCCGACAACGACGCGGUGGGUCCCCGGGAGCUGAACGAACUAGUGGUAGGAGAUACCAAUGGGAAACUGUUUGUAUACAAGAAUGAUGAAAGUCAGCCCUGGACUUUACGUUCCUGUCAAGGAAUGCUCACCUGCGUUGGUGUUGGAGACGUCUGCAAUAAGAAGAAGAAUUUGGUUGUCGCGGUGAGUGCGGAAGGUUGGUUUCAUCUCUUCGACCUCACGUCGCCCUCAAAGCAUGGGGAUGUGCUGGGCCACCACGAGCUCCCCAACCCCGAUGAUCCAAAAAUGGCAUUUAAGCAGCACAUACCAGCCAACACCAAAGUUAUGCUGAUUGAUGAUAUCGAUGGAGAUGGAAAAAAUGAAUUGGUGAUAGGCUACACGGACCGCGUGGUACGAGCCUUUCGCUGGGAGGACUCGUCGGAGAGUUCCGAUAGCCUCUCUGGACAGCUGGUGCUGCUGAAAAAAUGGCUGCUGGAAGGACAGGUGGAUAGCCUCUCUGUGAACCCAGAUGCCGAUGGCUCCCCUCAGAUGAUGGUGUCCCAGCCAGGCUGCGGAUAUGCAGUCUUGCUCUGCACUUGGAAACAAGAGCAGCAGCCUCCCACAGAGACCGUGGACACUUCUGCAUCUAGCAGGGAAGGUCCCGUCCGGGACGUCAUUCUUCAUCAGACGUCGGGUAGAAUUCACAACAAGAAUGUUUCCACUCAUCUGAUUGGAACCAUUGGCAGAGGUUGUUCAAAGGAGCCCAAAGGGCUGGGUCUGUUCGCGCUCUGCACAUUAGAUGGGACUCUGAAGCUCAUGGAGGGAGCAGACAAGCUGCUGUGGUCUGUGCAAGUGGACCAUCAACUUUUUGCUCUGGAAAAACUGGACGUCACGGGAAACGGUUACGAGGAGGUGAUUGCUUGUGCCUGGGACGGACAGACGUACAUCAUCGAUCACAACCGGACAGUGGCCAGGUUCCAAGUGGAUGAAAACGUCAGCGCCUUCUGUGCCGGCUUCUAUUCUUGUAAAGGGGACUAUAACAGCCCUUGCCUGGUCUACGUCAGUUUCAACCACAAGAUCUACAUCUAUUGGGACGUACAGUUAGAAAGGAUGGAGUCCACCAAUUUGCUGAAGACGCUGGAGAACAAUUCAGAAUGCGGAGAACUCCUGCUUCGGCUGGAUGUAGCUAAAAAUGAUGUUUCGGCUGUCAAAGAUCUGAUUCACAAGACCUUAUACUUUCCCAAGAAAGCAAUUAAAUAGUCACGGCACGGAAGAAACUCCCAUCUCCAGCACUCUUGUUAUGCAUUUUAGAACUCCGAUGUCCUCCGUUCCAGUGCAUAAUCGGGAACAAAGCAACUCGCAAUGGAAGUUUAUGAGCCCCGGUGGCACAGUGCGGCAUUGCAGGCUGACUCUGCUCGCUGCCAGCAGUUCGAUCCCGACUGGUUCAAGGUUGCCUCAGCCUUCCGUGGUCAAUAAAAUGAAGACCCAGGCGGUUGGGAGGCAAGAGCCCGAUUCUGUAAACCGCUUAGAGAGGGCUGCAAAAGCCUUGUGAAUUGGUAUAUAAGCCUUAAGUGCUAUUGCUAAUGUAUCACGCUCCCUCGUUUCUUAAAAGCCGAAAAGUGCAAGGUUGAAUAUGUAAACAUGUAUGUGUAUAUAUGUAAAUAUGUCAUCAGGCUGAAUCUUGUGUUGUUGUUAACUUAUUUUCUUCCCCUUGGUCUUAAGUUACGGGUUUUUAAGGAAAGCUUCAAUAAAGAAAAGUCUUGACAAGUCA